UUAUCGGCGGUCAAAGUUAGAGGACAUUUACAAUUAGUUAUUUUGCGGAGAAUGCAUCAAGAUGAUGGGGCGAGAAGUUCCAUCAAGAUGUUCGCUAAUAUAUUUAUUUCGUUUAUCGGCGCUGGAAUUUUGGGAAUGCCUCACGCUUUUAAAGAGGCGGGAGUUAUCGAAGGAAGCGCGAUCAUGGCAUUGAUUGGUACUCUAAGUGUAAAAGCAAUGCUAUUGAUUAUUGACUGCAAGACAAAGUUAACAUGGAAGAAAAGGGAUCAUGUUAAGGGAGCUGUAAUUUCAGUGGAUGGAAAGGUUGCUUCAGAGGAGAAGGAAUUAUUAAAGGCAGCUGAAAGUGGAGAAGUAACAGACAAAGUAAUGGAAGAUGGGGUGGAUGAUCUCCUAUUGCAGAGUGCAGCCCAUGAGAUUGAUUAUGGAGAUCUUGGUUUUCAUGCAUUGGGAAAUUCUGGCAGAGCCUUGGUUGAUACAAGCAUAGUAAUUUCUCAGAUAGGGUUUUCUUGUGCAUAUUUAAUCUUUAUCUCUGAUACUCUUAACAACAUGUUGCCAGUUCUCAGCAAACACCAGUAUUUAAUGACUCUACUACCUCCACUUGCAGUUUUGGUAAACUUCAGACAUUUAAAGAAGUUAGCUAUAUUCAGUCUUUUUGCAGAUUUUGCCAAUGUUUUUGCCUACUGUGUAGUCUUUUGGUUUGAUUUUGCACACUUUGAGAAAGUAAAGAUUCACCCACAAAUUGCUAGGAUAAGUGGCCUACCAUUUUUCUUAGGAGUGGCAAUAUAUUGUUAUGAGGGGGCAGGAUUAAUAUUGUCAUUGGAAGCAUCCUGUGCAAGAGAUUCACGAGAUAAAUUUAGAUCAGUAUUUAAGCUGACAUUGUUUCUAGUUACAACACUGUAUAUUGCAUUUGGUGCCUGUGGUUACCUGUCUUUUGGAGAAAACACACAGCAAAUGAUCACUCUAAAUUUACCUCUUGGUCCAUUUCCUGCUGUAGUUCAACUUUGUCUUUGUUUCUCAUUAUUUUUUACUUACCCAAUUAUGAUGUUCCCUGUAGUGCUAUUAUUAGAGAAGAAACUUCUUCCAGAUGGAGGGAAAAGCAGCUACUACCAAGGAACUGUUUUACGAGCCUGUGUUGUAGUACUUUCCGGCAUUGUUGUGCUUGUGAUUCCAAACUUCUCCACACUCAUGGCAUUCUUUGGAUCUAGCUGUUGUACUCUGUUAGGAUUUGUUUUACCUGGAAUAUUUCAUCUACGAAUUUUUGAAGGGCAUCUCACCAAAGGAGAAUGGUUUAUUGACAUAUUAAUCAUAUUUCUUGGAUUAGUUGGUGCUGUUAUAGGAACAAGAGAUGCUCUUUUAAGGCUGCUGUCUGGCUCCUGACUCUGUAGUGCUUUAUCUGGGACAUAAAACAGAGUUUUUGUUUAUAUGUUUUGAUAACUUAUUCAUCAAAAGCCAAACCAACAAGAAAAUAGGAUGAAAUAAUUUUAAAAAAGAGGACCAAUAGAAAUGUGAGUUAAAAAUAAGAUAUAACAGAGUUUAUUUAAGAACAAUAUUAAAACUUUGUAACAUUUUCCUAUUGCAAUGAAAGUAUAUAUAAAUCCUAAAUGAAACUCUUAAAGUCAAAUUUCAGUUGUUCAGAACUGCAGUUUAAUUGAGUCUCCUAGUAUAUAACUAACUUUUAAACAUAAUUGUUAGUUAGAAGAUGUUUAUACAAUUAAGAGAUUAUUAUUUUUAGAAAAAAACUUGCAAUUUUAGCUUUGAUUGAAAUCAACCCUUUAACUCCCAGAUCUGAUAGUCAAUUCUCCCCACCAGCUACAACAUAUUUCCUUUUAAAUUAGUUGCAAGAAUUUGGUGUUAGAUCAAGACAACAACUUCUAUUUGAUAUGUUUGAGUAUUUUCAUUACCUGUUUGGUGGAUAAUGUAUGGAUAUUGCAGGGAGAAGAUAGAUGUUAAUCACUUCUGGGAGUUAAAGGGUUAUUAUUGAUUUUAAAUGUGGUUUUUCUUUAAGUGUGUUAGCUAGGAGGGUGGGGUGGGAAGCUGUGUCAUUCUUUUUUCAGUUGGGUGGGAUACUGUAUAUACCCGUAAUUCAAAAUAACUAUUACAAAACAAGUGAUAGGUCAUUUAAGAGAUAUUUCGCCCUGUACAGUUAUUUUUCCAAGUAAUAAGCGGGAGUACUUGACAACACAAAGAGGGCUAAAUUAUAUUUUUCAAAUUGAUAAAUAAAUGUAAUUUAAAAAGAAGGUACAAUUUUCACAUGUUGUACUGACGAAGGACAUGCGUUAAAAUAUCAUGCGAAAAAACAUUUUCAGGCUUUUUUUCCCUUUUUUUCUUCUGAGGAAUACUAAGAAAGCAUUGCUUUCCUGUUCGGAAAUCAUAUUUCAUAAGGCAAGGGUUUAUUUUUCUUAAAGAACUCAUUAACAAGCUUAUUAGUAGCCAAAUGACUGCCUGGAUAUCAUGUAACAAGCCGGAGCGGAGAUGGGAAGAGGGGAGGGGAAGAGUAGAGGGCCGGCAUCGUUUAUUUACCACGUGUUAUUUUGUAGAAAAGGAGGUGGUUUUUAUUGUAAAGUUAAUGAAUUUUUGUGUACGUGAACGAAUAGUAAAUUAAAUGCAAACGUAAAAUUC